AUGGUGUGGUACUACGAAGGCCGUAAUGGCUGGUGGCGGUACGACACCCGAACGGCCUCCGAAAUUGAGGCAGCGUUUACACAGUCUCUACAAUCAUGUGAAGUCUGCAUUGCCGGCCACAUCUAUAUUGUGGAUUUCACACAGAUGUGCCAGGCACGCAAGGAUCGACCUGGGCGCACUCGAAGGAUCAAGCGGGACAGUGCCGAUCUGGAAGCGAAGGGCAUCGCUGGCCUUCGGCUCUCUCUACUAGAGAAGGCGGCGCAGGAGUCGGUGGUUUGUGGUUCUGCUCCAGCUGAUAUCAUCAGUGGUUCUGUCGCCUCAUGCUCAGAUGCAUCUGCGCCUGACCAUAAUUCCUCUUCUGGACCAAUGAGUUGCGGCGCCUCUGUUUCCCCGGACCAGUUGACGACCCCUCUGGUAAACGUUAAUUUGGAGGAUGAUAGCGAAAACGUUUCGCCCGAUCUUGACUCCAUUCGCGAUUCUGCUCCGUCGCCCACGCGUCUGCGGAGGUCCUCACGCACUCGAGCUCGUCAUCGGUCUGAUUUACGCGAUUGA